AUGGCUGCCAUUGCGUGGAUGGUGAUCAUGGGUGAUGGACUGCACAAUUUUACGGAUGGAAUGGCCAUCGGUGUUGCGUUCACGGCUAGCAUCGCUGGCGGCAUAAGCACAACGGUUGCCGUUUUCUGCCACGAGCUCCCGCAUGAACUUGGUGACUUUGCAGUCCUUUUGAGGACAGGCAUGCGCAUUAAGGAGGCCUUAUUUUUCAACGUCGUAUCCUCGGUCCUGUGCCUGGUGGGCAUGUUUGUUGGCAUUGGAGUGGGCAACAUCGAAUCUGCUGCAACAUGGAUUUUCGCGCUAACAGCAGGAACUUUCAUUUACAUCGCCUUGGUUGACAUGCUACCAGAGCUCAAUACGGUUGAAGUUAAAGCUGGACGCAGUCGCACGGUUCAACUGAUCAUUCAGAACCUUGGCCUUAUUACCGGCGCCGGCAUCAUGUUCCUAAUUGCCUUCUUUGAAGAGGACCUUCUGAAUAUUGUUGGCUAA